GCUUUGUCCCCCUCUCCACUGGGUCAGCCCUGGAGUCUCUCCCCACCCUGUCCCACCUCAUUCCUGUCUCCCCCUCCCAGGCAAACCAACCCUCUGGCUCCUGGAGCUCCAGCAAGCCUCCAGAUUGCAGAGAUGCUGUCGCUCCUCAGUCUCACUCUUCUUCUCAUUCUGGCUCAUCAGCCCAUAAGCAGAGCUCAGAAGCAGAGGCUGCAGUUCUGCCGGUGGCCCUGCAGCUGUCCGGAGUGGAGUGCGUGCGCCCCCGGGGUGAGCUCUGUUCUGGACGGCUGCGGCUGCUGCAAGAGCUGCGCCCGCCAGUUCGGGGAGCCGUGCAACGAGAGGGAUGUGUGCGACCCCCACAGAGGCCUGUACUGUGACUUCUCUGCUGACAAGCCCAGAUACCAGGUUGGAAAGUGUGCAUACAUGAUGGGGGUGGGCUGUGACUUGAACGGCAUCCAUUACAACAACGGGGAGGUGUUCCAGCCCAGCCCCCUCUACAACUGCACCUGCAUCGCUGGAGCCAUUGGCUGUAUGCCCGUCUUCAUCCAGAAGCCUGCAGGGAUUUUAGGAGCCAGUCCUCUGACGGGCAGAAAGCACCUGCAGGACACCACCUACAUGUCAGUUUACAGGGAUCCUCCUUUGACCUGGAAAAGGAACUGCUUGAUCCAGACCACCCCCUGGAGCCCCUGCUCCAAGACCUGCGGCAUGGGCAUCUCUGUGCGCAUCACUAACGACAACGGGAAGUGCGAGAUGAGGAAGGACAGCCGCCUGUGUCUUCUGCGGCCGUGCGACAAAGGACUGCUGAAGAGCGUGAAGAUGCCCAAAGGAAAGACGUGUCAGCCCAAGUUCCAGGCCAAAGUGGCAGAGAAACUGAGCCUCUCCGGCUGCACCAGCACCAAGAAGUUCCGACCAACCUACUGCGGCAUCUGCACAGACCAGCGCUGCUGUGUGCCCAACAAGUCCAGCAUGAUCAGGGUGGACUUCAGCUGCAGGGGGGGCUCCGACACACAAUGGAAGAUGCAGUGGAUCACUUCCUGUGUGUGCCAGAGGAAGUGCUCCAACCCCGGAGACAUGUUCUCUGACUUGCAGUUACUUUAAGAAGAAAGCGACGGAGGCCAGCCGUGGGAACGCCAGACCCCCAAACCCCCUUUGAGCUUUGGACCAACAGUUAAGGACAAACAUCUAACUUGACCAGACAGAAUUUGGAGGGAAAAUCCUAAUAACUAAUAAAUAAAAGCUUCCUGGAGCAGAUGUGGUUGGCCUGAUCACAAGCAAAA